GAUGUUUAUAUUUUGAUUCUUCUACCCUUUUUGGCCAAAAAUUCUGAUUCUUCCACUUGAUACAAAGAUCAAACAUUUCUCUUCUAUAUGCUAAACUUGAUCAAGUUCCCACCUGGUUGGUUAGUAGAUGGCUGGUCAACAUGCAAAUUUGUCACCUUUUCUUGUUGGCAGCUAUGGGGAACUUAUCCAGGCGGUUGUUCACGAGGUUGUGGUCAGGCUCGAGACAAGACAGAGACAUGUAACUCAAACAUUUAGUUGGAAUGGAGCAUCAAAUAGCAGCCAUAAAAGAUUUAUUAGAUAUUGAUUCUAAUGAUGUGCGGUUCAUUGGAAUUACGGGAUGGGCGGCAUUGGUAAAACAACACUCACCAAGAUUAUCUUCAACCAACUACUUCCUCACUUUGGGAGAAACUGCAGCUUUCUUGAUGAUGUGAGGGAAAUGGCAAAAACCAAGGGCUUAGUUGAGCUACAAAAAAAAUUAUUGUCCGAUGUCUCUUAUUUUGGAGUGGCUCCUUACAUUUCUAACAUUGAUCAUGGGAUCAAUAUUAUUGAAGAAACAAUUUGCAACAAGAAGAUGCUAAUUGUAUUGGAUGAUGUUGAUGAUGCCAAGCAGAUCCAAAACCUAAUUGGAAAGAAAUCUUUGCAUCCUGGUAUUAGAGUACUUGUUACUACUAGGGACAACAGCGUUUUGAAUAUUAGGGGAAUUAAAUAUGGAUUCAAGGAUUAUGAAAUGGUGGGGUUGAUUGAUAAAGACGCACUCAAACUUUUUUGUAGGCAUGCAUUCGACGACAACUCUCCUCUAGCCAAUUACUAUACUCUUUCAAAAAGCAUUGUCUCUACUACAGAUGGACUACCCUUAGCUCUUGAAGCAAUAGGUUCAAUGCUUUUUAAUUUUAAAGAGAAUGGAAUAUGGGAAGAGACACUAGAGAAGCUAAGGGAAACACCUCAUCAAGAUGUCUUGGGAAAGCUAAAGAUUAGCUAUGAUGCCUUAAAUCGGGAGCAACAACAGAUAUUUCUUGAUGUUGCAUGCAUUUUCAUUGGUAAGAAUAAGACAAAUCCAAUGUACGUGUGGAAGAUUGUAAGUUUUGCCCACAGCUUGCCAUCCAAGUCCUUAGUCGGAGGUGCAUGAUAAAGGUUUUAGACGAUAAAUUUCGGAUGCACGAUCAAUUUAGAGAUCUUGGAAAGGCAAUUGCCAAAAACGAGCGUACCAGAUUGUGGGAAGAAGACGACAUCAUUCAUGAAUUAAGAUCAACGGAGAUCAAAGAAAGCGUUCAAGCACUCAAUUUGCCAUGGAAUUGUCGUCAUUAUGGUAUGACUGUCACUUCAGAGCAAAU